CGAUCUUCUACUCAUCUACCUUGAAUGAUAGCUAAAAUAAUAUCUUCUUUUCAUAUAACUCUUGUGUCUUCUGAACAGUUCCAUAACCGAGCGUGGUUUUUACCUUAUCCAGCCACUGCUACACACUUUUUGACCAUAACCGUUGUUUCUGACCACACUGGAUCACAUUUUCGCGUGCUGAGUGCUGAAGCGCAUAAAUCUCAGAGUUUCCGUGUUUGUUUCCUGAGAUAAUCCGUUCUAUAUAUCCCCCUGGGGCCGUACGGGACAACCCUUUAGAGGCGUCUUUUCCUGACCUCCAUUCUGAAUCAGACGAAGAGCAGUCGACACACGCCGAUUCAUAAGGUGGACUUUCGGCCGAAGACCUUCGAUUCGACACACUCUCAGACAAUAGUUCCGAAGUUGAAGUCCUUGUUGCAAUCAAUCGUCGCUAUAAUAGUCCAGCCGUCUCUGGACCGGAAGCCAACACCCAAACCACACUCAUUGCAGGUACUACCAACACUCUCGGGACGGACACACAGGACCCUCGCUUCUGUAUCCUCCAGAAAGAACAGAUGGACGACGGACGGGUUGCUGAAAUUCCGGUGCUCGAUUUCUUAGAGGAACUGGUUCCUGGACCUGCCUUCAAGCACCCAGAUGACAUCGAGGCCGAGUGCUACAAGGUUUUCAACCACUACGGGUACAAGAAAGGUAAGAAAGGGCACAUUCAAAAAGAAGAGGAGUUGUAUCCUAAACUUUGUCAUAUCGUACAAAUGGUGCUCGAUCGGGCUCACGAGCAUUGGGGCCGACAUAAGCUACUUGCAAAAGAUAUCGCUAACUGGCCAGAAGACGGGAAUGAGAGGCGUAAAGUGGAUUGCGGUAUCUAUCGAGCCUCUGAUUACAGAGCAUACACCCUGACCGAGAAGGAGAAAAAAGAAAAGUUAGACGAAUGUUACGAGUUCGCGGCAAGAAAUUCCUUUACUCAUCUUGUCCUCCCAUGCGAAUUCAAGAUCGACGAGGAUGCUGAAGGCUUCGGGACUGGGCCUGAGCUUCAUCUCCCUCAGGGUAAAAGUGCUCAAAAGACUAGAGGACAAAUCGUCGAAUACGCCGCUGAGUUGAUGGCGCGUCAGCACCGCACACAUCUCUAUCUCGUUUAUAUUUACAGGGACUACGCGCGGCUAUUCUACUUCGACCACGUCAGUACGGUCAUGUCCGAACGUUUCGACUACGUCCGAUAUCCGGCAAACCUCCUGGAGUUCUUCUACCGCAUUGGCUCUAUGUCCUUCGCUGAACUCGGAUAUGAUCCUACCAUCACUCUCGCCACAACAGAAGAGAUUGAUAUGAUGCGCAAGUGUGCCUCUGCCCUCGACCCAAGUGACUAUCGCAAAGCGUACAUAGACCAUGCAAUGCAGAAUGCUCUGGACUACGGAGACAAGGCAAAAUGGCCUAUCUACAAGGCUCUGGUUCCCCCUAAGAACAUCGAGCAAGAUGGCCCCCAGGCCUUCCUUAUUGGUCGACCUCGGUCUUGCGGCUCUUCUCUUCUCGGCCGUGCAACAAAAGGUUUCGUUGCGUUCAACCUGCAGACCCAUACCUUUAUGUUUUUGAAGGAUAGUUGGCGUACUACGAACUCUCGUUCCGAGGUUGUCAUGUACGAGCGCCUUAAGAGCGUAUCGCCAUACAUCGCAACUCUACACUGUGGAGGAGACCUAAGCCCUGAGCAGGUAACUCAGUCCCAGAGCUUUCACCAAGAUAUCGGUUUUAUUUCCAGAAUACACCAUCGCUUGGUCAUCGAGGAGAUCGGUCGUCCCUUGGCAGAGUACGAAAAUCCAUACGAGCUUACCUUCGUAGUGUAUUGUGCAUUUCUGGCUCAUCAGGCCGCCUGGCUAGAAGGAGGCAUAUUACACAGAGAUAUCAGUGACAAUAACGUUCUGAUCGUUUACAACGAUCGAGGAGAGGCUUUUGGUAUGCUGAUAGAUUGGGACCUCUCAAGAUUUGCGGAUGAGCUUGAUAAAGCCUCAGACCGGAAUCGAUCCGGCACAUGGCGUUAUCUAGCUGCACUCCGGUUGAAAUACCCAAUGAAGUGCUACCAACUAGCGGACGACAUCGAAUCAUUUGUUCAUCUCAUCAGUUGGUUCGCCCUCAAAUACCACAAGCAUGACCUCCUGACCGGCCCCGCAAAUACGUUCGCGACUUACGUGCACAGUCAUUUUCUUGAUUGUCAUCAGGAGGGUGGCCUUUACACUGGCUGUGGCAACAAGUACACCAUGAUGCAAUAUGGGGUCUUGGGCUACGAGCUCACCCAGGAGAAGGACCUCACCGAACUGCUACAAUCUUUAAUCAAAUUGUGCAAAGAACACUAUUCUACCAUUGACAAAGAAGGCAUGAAGAAAUAUGCAGCUUCCAAACAAGACAGUGACACGACAGCAGUGUCACCCCUGCUCAUUCGGGCUCGACGUGACAUCCCUCGACCACAAAUGGGUAUUCACGCCUCGACCUCACAAGGCUCCGAGUCGUCGAGCAGCAACAUACCACCUGCAAACUCGCCGGCUUCUCUUUCUACAGUCUCUCGUCCUACUUUGGAUACUCACGACCUUGUCCUUGAAGAGUUUUUCAAAGCCGUUCAAAAGGACUGGAAGACAUAUCCUAAAUGUGACGAUCAAUUCCUGCCCCUAUGCUCAGUAAAUAUGACUGAAGGACGCUCCUUUAUUGUUGGUACUACAUCCCAGCGAAGCAGCAAACGAAAAGGGAGUUCGGAUGAUCAAAGCUCGAUGAAGAGACAAAGAAGUGAAUCGGGUUCGCGCCCAAUUACACGUUCCCAGGCUGCUCGUGGCGUUGGAUCUGGACUUCAUUCUGUAGAUGAGGUUGCAUAGGAAGCGCGGUUCCGUUGCAGUAGGUAGCUUUGCUAUACUUACACUUCCUGAUUCUUUGUACAUAGAGCUAAUGCCUUUGAGCGAUAUUUGUGCCUUCUCAUCUUUCCAUCUAGUGCAUAAUUAAAUAUGGCCUGACUGUGAUAUUGUACAUUUACCAUGACUGUAAGAGCUUGAAUCGGUCAACGAAUCCAAACUAAGACAACACGCAAUGUCGACUUCGAUGCUAAAUUGGCAUCUCAUGUAGUUCCAUACUUCUUUUCGCUCAACAUGGAGACGUUGACCAGACGGGAGCACUGAAUCACGAUGUGGAUAGGUCGGUUCAACAACCCAGAUCUAAAACCCAAACAAACGAAUCGUGAAGAAAUCACUUCAUAGAGC